GUGAUUGUUGAAGCCCAGAAAUGUUUAUGUAAUUUAAUAUUUAAUAGUAAAGCUGUUCAGAAACUAUGUUGUCGGUCCGGCUGUGUGGAUGCUCUAGUACAAAGAUUGAAGACAUAUGGUGAUCCAGAAUUAAGAUUUAAUGUUAAGUUUUUUGAUAUGAGAAUGUUGUUUUUACUGACAGCUUUACCUGCAUGUAUAGAAACAAGACCUAAAAUUCGACAUGAAUUACAUGGUUUUACGUAUUUAAUGGAAGUAUUAGAUCUGACAUUACGGGCUGCAGAAGAAAGAAAGGCUGGGUUAGGUGAUCAAGAUGUAGAACUCUGUUCAGAAAUAUUAAAGAUUCUGUUUAAUUUAACUAUUGAGAAAAAAUCAGCUGAUGAGGAAGAAGAAGCUCAUUUUAUGAGGUUAGUGAGUAUAUUACGUGAUUUACUCAUGUGUUCAACAUUAUCUAAAGAUAAACAAGAAGAUCUUCACAGUCAUACAAUAAAUCUACUGAUUAAUAUACCAGUUGAUUUCUAUGAAGAAUUAUUAACUCCCCUUAAUGAAAUAGAAGUUAGGGGUAUGGAGAAUAAAGAGGUGGAAUAUGAUGGGAAAAAUAUGGAGGCAAUAAUAGUCUUACUUAACUUUCUCGAUAACAGAUUAGACCGGGUAGGUCCUGCCAAAAGUUUAAAGGAAAGUUUAACACCAAUUUUACAUUGUUUAUGUGAGGCUUGCCGUAAUAUCCGACCAAUCCGUAAAUUCUGUCGAGCCAAGGUGCUGCCACCAUUAAGAGAAGAUGUCAAGAGAUUACCAGAAGAAGGCAAUUCUUUAAGAAACAGAUUAUGUAAAUUAUUAACCUCUCCAGUUACAGAAGUUAAAGAUUUAGCAGCACAUUUUCUAUUUGUAUUAUGUAAGGAGAAUGUAACUCGUAUGGUGAAGUACACAGGCUAUGGUAAUUGUGCUGGUUUAUUGGCUCAAUUUGGUUUACUCAAACUUGAUCAAGCUAAUAUCAGGGGAGAUUACUCUAGUGAUUCAGAAGACUCAGACACAGAAGAAUAUUCUGAACUACGAGACAAAGUGAAUCCAGUAACUGGGUGCUAUGAAGAAAGUAAACCAGAUCCAAUGGCUGGUAUGUCAGAUGAACAAAAAGAAUAUGAAGCAAUGAAACUACUUGAUGCUAUGGACAAACUUCAGAGACAAGGUAUCAUACAGCCAAGUCGUAUUGGACCUGAUGGUCGUCCAAUACCAGUAUCACAUGUGCUUGAACUCACAGAAUCUCAAGGUGCUGCUGCCAGUAAUAAUGACACCCAGAAUAGUGACUCCAAGUAA